AUGGCCACCCCACCGGCCGACGACACGCACACCAGCGUGCAAGGUGCUACGUCAGAAGCACCAGCAGCAGUGGCGCCUGCACCACCAGCGCCCCAUGCUCACGACGACGACAACGCUGCAUCCCCAUCGCCCGUGCAGCAGGAGCCAUCAGCCGCAUCAGCCUCAGACCACCCCUCGCCCUCGCCCGCCGUCGUCGUGGACCUCACAUCGCCACCGCGGCCCGCUGCCCCGCCCGCGCCCGCUACUGGUGUGAUCACAUCAAGCGCGAGCACGGACGCUGUGACUUCUCCAGGCGACGCUCCAGACAACGCACCAUCACACUCGACAGCGGCAGAGGAGGAGGAGACUAACGGGCACGCUGGCGACAAGCAGGACAAGACGACGCACACCACCGCCGCCGCGGACACCCUCGCACCGCCCUCGCCCAGCUCCCACCUCUCCCCUCCGUCGCCAACAACGCCGCUCACCCCCGCCUCGUCGAGAAGCACCCCGGCGCCCGCCUCGCCAAGCAAGCAGCCGCCCAUGUCGCUGGGCAGCAAACCCCUCCCGGCGUCGCCGAAGCCCGCAGGCCUAGCAAUGGCCGAGAGCCCGCCCCGGCGGAGCAGCCUCAACGCUGCAGCGCUGAAACGCCCCGCGCUGUCCCUCGUCACCCCGGCCGCCGCGACGCCCGCCCAGCGCGCCGUCUCGGGGAGCGGCACGCCGCCCGGCGCGCCGGCCAAGGCGCCGCUCGGCGCGCUGCGGACAGCGCCCGACCUCGCCGAGUUUGACCCGUUCGCGACGCCUGCGCCGGCCGCAGCGGGGCCAGCAUCAGCGGCUGUGCCGCGCCGUCCCGCGUCCGGCUCGGGCUCGAACGAGGCCACGCCGACCCAGGCCCGCCCGCAGCCGCAGCCGCACCAGGCCAGCCGGUCCGCGACGCCCGACACGCCGGGCGCAAGCACGGGCGCGUCCCGCCCCCGCCGGAUCGUGCGCGCUGAGAGCGGCGACGCGGAGAGCACAGGCGACGAGCCAGUGUUUAAUUUUGCCGGCUUCCUCAAGGACCUGCGCAGCCGCCCAGCUGACCCCAUUGCGCGGUAUCUCAAGAGCUUCUUAACAAACUUUGCCAAGAAGCCGUUUACGAUCAACGAGCAGAUCAAGCUGGUGCGCGACUUCUUGAGUUUCAUUGCCGAGAAGAUGCGCGUCGUCGAGCCGUGGAAGUCGCAGUCGCCAGCAGAGUUUGACAACGCUCUUGAAGCGAUGGAGAAGCUGGUCAUGAACCGGCUGUAUCCUUUCACGUUCACACCGCAGCUUACCAACGGCCAAACCAUCACUACUGAUGACCUCGAGAGGGAUGCAGUGUUCGAGCAGCGAGUACGCCUGUUCAGCUGGGUGCGCGGUUACCACCUCGACGUGCCAGAGAACGAGGCGACCCAGGGCUUCCUCGGGUUCGCAGAGCAGGAGCUGCUCAAAAUCAACCACUACAAGGCGCCACGAGACAAGAUGAUCUGCAUCCUCAACUGCUGCAAGGUCAUCUUUGGCCUCAUCCGACAUACUGCCGGCUCGGAUGCCACGAGCGCCGAUGCGUUUGUGCCCAUCCUCAUCUUUGUGGUCCUCCGUGCCGCGCCUGAGAACAUGCUCUCCAACAUCGAGUACAUUUCGCGGUUCCGCAACGCCGAGAAGCUGCAGGGCGAGGCAGGCUACUACCUGUCCAGUUUACAAGGCGCAAUCCAGUUCAUCGAGACGAUGGACGCGUCGAGCCUGUCAAACAUCACGCAGGAGGAGUUCGAGUCCAACGUCGAGAAGGCAAUCCAGGAACUGCCCAGCUCGCCGAGCUCACCACGCGCACGCUCGUCUAUACCCUCUGGAAACAACGAGAUUUCGCCGUGGGCCACAACGCCUGGUGAGGAGCCGGCGCGGCAGCUCGCGCUUCCAGCGACGGCAGCGGCGCUGGACGGCACAAAGCGCUUCUUCCAGCGGACUGGCGACGCAGCCAAGGAGGCCGUUUCCCGCCCGCUCAAUACCAUCAGCAAGAUCCUCCAGGACAUGCAGCAGCAGGCGACCGCCGAGAGCAGCAGCGAGAGCGGCGACGACGAGGUCGUCGACCGAUGGGCGCCCGGCGGGCCACGCGACAGGCAGCACGAGCACCGCGCGCACCACCCGCACGGGUCGAUGCCCGUCGCCGUCCCGGCACCGCAGUACAUCCAUGGGCGGGGCGAGGCGGCGCCGCCGAGCCAUCUCCUCGCGCAGCUGGGCAUCUCGCCAGGUGACCCGACACCAAGGUAUGUGGCGUGGCGUGACGCUUGCAGUGGCACGCCCCGCGAACCGACACCAGACUACGCCGCGCAGAUGCACCACACACUCGAGGCGAGCCACGAAGAGUAUGCGCGCGAACAGGCGCGCGCGGCCAACGUCAUGACCCUGCAUCAGAUGUUCCCGGCCCUCGACGAGGAGAUUGUCGACGCGGUGUUGUACUCGUGUGGCGACGACCUCGGGCACGCUAUUGACAGGUGGGUUGGCGUGGGCGGCGUGCGCUGA